AUGGUUACGCCGCAGAAGCACAAAAAGUUUGAUGACCAGGAAGAGGCUUUAAAGGAUGUCCCAUCUGAGAUUCCAGAGAAAACUAGCAAAGUCGCAGAGCAGGACUCAGACGCGAGCAGCAGCGAUGAUGACGAAGCGCCUGAGGAAGAAGGCAUGGCACAGGCGCGUUCUGCCGUACAGCAACGUGAUCACGAGCGUCAGCAGGCGGCCGCCAGGGAGCAAGAAGCUCUGAGGGAAAAGAGACGCAAGCAAGACCUUCGGUUCAAACAGCAGCAGGAGCAAAAGCGGGAGCGCGAGGAGAAAGAGCUGGAGGCGCGCCUCAAGGCGCAGGUCUCCUCCCGUGGGGCCGCAGAAUCCGGUAGCAUCCAAGACGACGACAUGGUUCCCGCAGAGCUUCCUGAAAACUUCUUUGAGGAGCUGGAAGAACAAGAGUCGGCGACAAUCACCACUAAGCCGCAGCACGUUAACUUCAACGAUAUCGACGACAACUACUCCCAGGAGAUCAAACAGCAACUUCAGAAACAAAAGAAAAAGACUCUGCGUCAGCUCCGCAAGACUAGUAUGAAGAGGGGCCCGGUGAAGGUCAACUUGCUGCCGCCCGCGAGUAACUCCAAAGCUUUGGCACCCCAGCAGGACACCACUGUCACGAACAAAAGAGAAAAGUGGCUUAAGCGUAAGGCUCUUGCCCGCAAGUAA